UCCCCAGUCCCCUUCACAGACACGCCUUGCUUCAAACCCUCAGCCCUCAGCCAUUCUCGAACUUUAGCAAGCUUUCACUCUUAGUGUGCCUUCAAUCUCCUUCAAAUUUCUUGUUUUCUCAUAACAGGACAAGAUCAGCCCCAUUAUCCAUGUUCAUUUUGACCAAUAUACACCCACCCGACCUUCGCCCUUACUAGCACUAUAUAUCUAGUUUUCCCGAGUCGUUUUUCCCCCCUCCUGAAAUGGUCUAAGAAUCCCAUAUUUUCUUCUUUCUUUCUCGUGGUGGUGGCAGCUGAAGCAGAGGCAACAGAAAAAGUGGGGGUGGGCAAUGGCUGCGGCAAACAGUUUAAACGUGAAACAUCUGGAAGCAUUGGAGAUCUUAGCAUCGAUUGAUUUAAUUGACUUGUGCAAGGAAGCCAAAAUCGAGCGCUGCCGGGCGACUAGAGAUUUGAGAAGCUGUGGCCGCUAUGUCCACCAUUUGUUGAAUUCAUGUGGGCAUGCCUCUCUAUGUGCAGAAUGUAGUCAACGGUGUGAUAUCUGUCCAAUCUGUAGAAUCCCAAUUCCCAAGACUGGCACUAGACUGUGUCAACGUCUUUAUUACCAGUGCAUUGAAGCUGGACUUAUAUCUAAAAGAUGUGAUGAGAGAUUUCAAGAGAUAGAAGACAGCGAGAAACAACUAACUGCCGAUGUUCAACGGCUUUAUUCUUUGUUUGAUGUCGCACUUGAGAAUAACUUAGUUUCUCUAAUUUGUCACUACGUGACAGAUGUAUGUAUGGAUGAAACUGCUGUUUCCAGUGAUCCUGUCAUUGCAUUUUUGCUGGAUGAAGUGGUGGUGAAGGAUUGGUGCAAGAGGACAUUCAAAAACAUUAUAUGUGAAUUACAGGAAAUCUAUAGUCUUGACACUGGAGGAAUGAAAAACAGAUUGAGUUCACUUCUUAAAUUUAAAUUGCACUUGGCUGGAAUAUCUACUGUGCUAGAAGUUUUGGAUUCAUCUUUCAAGGGCACUCUUUCAGCACAACUUAACGGUUUGCACCAUCUACAGGAGAGCGUAUCAAAGACAAAGCAGCAUCUGGAGAUUAUUAUUUGGUGUACAAGACAUGAAUUUUUGGAGCAUGUGAGAUCUCGUUUUACUGAUAGUUCAUCAUGGGCUUCAGUUGUACGUGAACGGAAAUCAGCAGCAAUUAAGCGUGCUUGGCCCAAUGCAAUAAGCCAACCUGCGGAGUCAACAUGGCAGGAUGGUUCUUUAUUUAUUGAAGAUGCAUUAAAUAAUCUUGAAUUAGAGGAGGGUUUGAUAAAGGACAUUGGAGAGGGCUUGACAGUUGCUUCCUUGCAGAAGGAUGGUACAUCAAUUUUCAGGGCUAAUAUUGAUGGGGUACUGGGUUGCUAUCCCUUUAAAAAUCUUCGAGCUGCUGCUGACUUACUCUUUUUACGUGGUAGUUCUGACAUGGUGGUUGCAAAACAAGCCAUUUUUCUAUAUUUGUAUGAUCGCCACUGGACAAUUCCAGAUGAAGAAUGGAGAGAAAUAGUGGAGGACUUUGCGGCUACCUUUAGAAUUAGUAGGCACUCAUUAUUGGAGUCUUUAAUAUUUUAUCUUCUAGAUGAUCACACAGAGAGGAGACUGGCUGAUGCCUGUCGCCUUCUUCCUGAAAUUUCUGGCCCAGCAUCACAUCCUAAAAUUGCUGAAGUUCUGUUGGAAAGGAAUAGUCCUGAUACAGCUCUUAUGGUUUUAAGGUGGGCUGGCCGUGAUGGUGGAUCACAGUUGAUUUCGCUUAGGGAUGCUGUGACUUCAGUGAGGGUGAGGGUUGAGUGUGGGCUUCUGACUGAAGCAUUUAUGCAUCAGAGACUGCUCUACACCAGAGUGAAGGAAAACAAAUUGAUGAGGGGAGCAACUGGGGAUGCUUCAGACAAAUUAAAAGGUCAAUAUAGCAGUUGGCUGGAGUGGGUUGAGGCCUUGGUGACUGAGAUUUGUUGGCUCUGU